ACAUAUUAUUACAUACAAUCUACAUUAAUAUUGAUAAUUAUUGGACAUCGAUAUUUUAAUUUUUAUUAUUUAUUGAAAUUUAGAAAUGUUUUUUUAUUACUAACUUAGUUAGGUAUUGAGUGUAGUAAUUAUUACUGUAUACAAAAAGUACUGAGUAAAAGUGAUUGCGUGCGUUGGUGAUUCGUCACAAAAUAUAAGAGUUAAUUUUUGUUUAUUACUGUUAAUUAUUUUUUCUGGAAAUCACCAACGAUUGACAGAAAAUGGCAUCGUCUUCUAAUCAUAGUUUAAACGAUAGCAAUACCGCAGCCAUGGACGACAAUUCAAAACGUCGAAGUUCACGAUCGAUCAAACGAAGGAAGUUUGAUGACGAGUUGGUUGAGUCUAGUCUGGGUGCGGCAUUUGGCUCCCCUUUACCUAAAACACAACGUACUCGAACACAGUCUUUGAACUUGACGUCCUCAACUACAGAAUUAGACAACGUGAUGUCUCCAGUUCACAGUAUUCCUGAAAUAGGGACUCCUGUAAGUUCAAUACCGUCGACUUCGAGUGCACCACCGCGAAAGAUCCCAUCCAAUAGAAUGUCGCUAAGUACGGCGACGUUGAAUCCAUUCGGUAACAUAGCUACAACGUCGGCAGUUCCGUCACCGUCAUAUAGAAAUAGGUCGAGAAAACAAAAGAACUUGAACAAGGACUUGGGACGUUGGAAACCUUCUGACGACCUAAUGCUCAUACAAAGUGUAUUGCAGACAAAUAAUUUACAAAUGGUGCACAGAGGGGUGAAGUUCAGCUGUAGAUUUACUCAUAAAGAAAUAGCGCAACGGUGGUACGCCUUAUUAUACGACCCGACUAUUUCAAGACUCGCCGUGUCCGCUAUGAGAAAUUUACAUCCGGAAACUAUAGCCAACAUUGAAUCCAAAGCAUUGUUUUCUAUUGCCGAGGAAGAACUUUUGGCUACAGUACAAUCGAACACGCAGCCUACAAUAGAAACAUUUCAAGAGUUGCUUGCUCAAAAUCCAAAUAUACUUCAUCGUAGAAGAACAGCCAAAAUACUCAUGUGUCAUUGGCAACUGAUGAAACGCUACUCUUUAUUAUCAGAUCAAUGCAGUGCAUUGGAAAAUCCUAUUCCGUUGCCAUUAAUGAGUGCAGUCGAAGACAGAAAUAUUCAUAUCCUCAAUAAUGAACAAGAAGUUACGACUUUGUCGACAUCAGAGCACAUUCCUACGUUUGCAGAAUGUGAAGAAUUACUUAAUGAUCAACAUUUAUUGAGUGAAAUGCCUGAUCCUGUACUCGAACGACAUCUUACCAUAACGAAUAAAAAAGUAAAGAGAGAAAUAAAAACGUUAGAAGACGAAUUGCCGAGAGCUCAAGUAUUAGUAUUUCCGAUGACGGGUAUUAACCCAGUUGAGUUUGAACCUCAGACGUUAGCUGUAUUACGAGGACGAUUAGUCAGAUACUUGAUGAGAUCGAAAGAGAUUACUAUUGGACGAUCAUCUAAAUAUCAGCAAGUCGAUGUGGAUUUAAAACUCGAGGGACCCUCUUGGAAAAUAUCAAGACGACAAGCGACAAUACGUCUUCGUAAUACUGGUGACUUUUUAAUAGUCUGCGAGGGUAAAAAAUGUAUAUACGUAGAUGGAAAACCAUUAGCAGCGGGUAGUCGUUGCCGUCUUAAUCACAAUUCAGUAUUGGAGGUUGCUGGAUUGAGAUUCCUUUUUUUAAUCAAUCAUCAAUUGAUUAAUACAAUUAAACAAGAAACCUUACAGCAGAACCAAGUGCAGUUACCUGUUCAAAUUGUUAAUCAAACUCCGCAGAAACAAGUUAAUCAAAAAUCACAAAAAAGUGCCACUAAAGCGGAAAAAGCUGAAAAGGCUGCACAAAAUCAUGAACAAAAACAACUGCAACAAAAAAUUUUGGAGGAACAACAAAAGAAAAAACUAGAAGAACACCAAAACAGAAUGAUAGAAGAACACAGACAAAAACUAUUGCAACAAGAACAAGACGAACUGGACCAACAGUUAAAAUUGUUAGAAGCCGAGGAAGAAGAACACAAUCAAAGGCAACAACUGUUUUAAAAAUUAGAGUUAAUCACCGAGUUUAAUAUAUUUUAUUAACUUAACUAUUUAGUAGAUUAUUACUGAGUAGUUGUUUUUCUGUAUAUUUAUAGUUUUUCUUAAUUUCUUAUUAAUUUUUAAAAUAUCCAUCGGUGUGUUACAAUUUAUUGAUAUUUUAGACUAUAACGUAAGUUAUGAUGCGGUUCUCAAAGUGACAAUAUUAAAUAGAUAAGAAAUCAAUAUUUAAUA